CAGUCAGAAGUGUUUCCCUCCACCGUAGUGCAUAUCUUCAAGGUGACGGAUAACCUAACGAGUCAGGGCGAGCCCUGCACACUCUGUGAUGAAAUUAAAAAUGCGUAAAAAAGAAAUUUGACUGUGAGAGUCAGCGAAGUGACACGUGCCGGGGGGAGCAUAAAUACUGUGUCAACCUGUGGAGUUACUUACAUGCUCUCAGCAGCUCUGCACAUAAGUAGUUCAAGGACGCUCCCUAUUCUAAAGCCAACAUAGUUUAACUCCGAGUUUCCACCCGCAGAGCAUCGUCAUGUUGGAUACGUUUGGGUCGCAGAGCUCCGGUCGGCCAGCCUCCAGCGCGGACCUCCAGCUCAAACUGGCGGACAGUAAGAGCAGCUUUGCCGCACCAGAUAUGGGGAUGAAGAACGGCACAGGGAAGAAUUUCAUAGAAAUAACAGGUCCGGCCUUAUCCAAAAGAAAACUUCUGGUUGGCCUAGAUCUCCUCUGCUUCUUCCUGGCUUCCAUCCCUUUCUUUGCAUGUGAGCUGAAGGCAGUGAGUCCUUACAGAAGGGGCUUCAUGUGCGGGGACCCCAGCAUCACCUAUCCUUAUCUGCACCGAGAGGCCAUUCCGGACGAAUUACUCAUCACCGGUGGCAUCAUCAUCACCGGCCUCACUAUUGCCCUUGGGGAGUGUUAUCGAGUUCGUUUCAGAGGCGUCAGCUCCAAGGCCUUUGUCAGGAACCUGUAUGUGUCCUGUCUGUACAAGGAGCUGGGCUGCUUCCUGUUCGGCUGCUGUGUCGGCCAGUCACUGACCAACAUGGCCAAGCUGAGUGUUGGGAGGCUGCGACCGCACUUCCUGUCUGUGUGCGCUGUCACCUAUGCGUCGCUUAACUGCACACCUGGAACCUACAUUUCAACAGUGAACUGCCGCCAGCCUGACCACCGGUUAGAAGACGAGGCCAGGAAGUCCUUCUUCUCUGGCCACGCUUCCUUUGCGAUGUACACAAUGCUCUAUUUAGCAUUUUACCUGCAGGCACGAUUGACAUGGCGUGGGGCACGGCUGCUGAGGCCGGCACUGCAGUUCUUCCUGGUUCUGCUGGCAGUCCACACUGGUCUGACCCGCAUUUCAGACUACAGGCACCACCCUUCCGACGUGCUAACAGGCUACAUUCAGGGAGCCCUCACUGCUUACUGGGUGGCCUUCCACAUCUCGUCCAUGUUUAAAAGUGAGUCAAGUUUAGCUCUGUCUCCGACUGAGACCCUGGACAGUCCCUUGUCGCCCCACCACACUGUCUGCUAAACCUCACCUCCACCAACCCUUGCCUGGACCAACAUCCACCUGCUGCCUGUGAUCUAGUUUGGAUGGACAAGAAAUUUGAAGAAUGUGAGACCAUUUCCUGUGAAGUCAAACCACAUACCUCAGGAUUGGGACAGAGACGGAGAGUGACUGGAAAUUGUGUAAUACUGUAUGUGGGUCAAAAGACAAAACAUAUGAACUGGGAGAAAUGAAGAGGGAGGGUGCUGAGAACAAUACUGACUGCUCGGUUGGAGUGUUGUGUAAGCAGCCAAGCACUCAACCUUUUUCUCUUUGUUACUAGCCUUCACCUGUGAUACUUACCUGUGAGAUGAGAUGACUGAAUCCUGCAAAAACAAACAGCUACUACCACUCUACAGGUCACCUGUAAAUAUAUACAGAUUUUGUACUCAAAUGAUACUGUAAAAGCACUUUUUGAUUUCCAUUUUAGUGUUAUUAAUUACCACUUUGUAGUCAUUUGGUGAGUAGGAUGUAUUAUAUUUUAUACAAACAUGUAAUAUAUGUUGUACUUUAGUUUUUUUUCUUUUUUUUACAUGAACCCAGUGAAUGUAAAGGUAUUUAAGGAAAGCGCAAAUAGAGAGAACGUUUAAUAAUUAGAGAAUGACGAUGAGAAUGUCAACACAAUAUAAUCCAUGUUUGAAAAGCACGGACGUUACUAGAUCGUGAAUGCUAAUGAAUGUUGUUAGACUACUUGCCACUCCAAGAGCACACAGAUCAUUAAAGAAAAAUCUUAUUUCUUUUUUUAA